CAGGUGAUGUGGGAGCCGGCGGGGAGAUUUGCCGGCGACACCGAGCGUGGGCCGGAAGUGGAGGAACCGAGAGCGGCGCCGCAAGAGCUCCGGGCGAGACCGUGGCGACGGCGGCGGCCCCUCGGCUGGCGGAGGACGAUGAGGAGCGACGGAAGCGGCGAGGGGGGACGCUGCUGCGCAGCACCGGGUUCCGAGUCCGCGGCCGACUCUGCAGCCUGCGAGCAGGUCUAAGAUACUUACGGAGAGCGACCAUGGAAAAGUCCUGGAUGCUGUGGAACUUUGUUGAAAGAUGGCUAAUAGCCUUGGCUUCAUGGUCUUGGGCUCUUUGCCGUAUUUCUCUUUUACCUUUAAUAGUGACUUUUCAUCUGUAUGGAGGCAUUAUCUUACUUUUGUUAAUAUUCGUAUCAAUAGCAGGUAUUCUUUAUAAAUUCCAGGAUGUAUUGCUUUAUUUUCCAGAACAGCCAUCUUCUUCACGCCUUUAUGUUCCUAUGCCCACUGGUAUUCCACACGAAAACAUUUUCAUCAGAACCAAAGAUGGAGUGCGUCUAAAUCUUAUUUUGAUAAGAUACACUGGAGACAAUUCACCCUAUUCCCCAACUAUAAUUUAUUUUCAUGGGAAUGCAGGCAACAUAGGUCACAGGUUACCGAAUGCAUUGCUUAUGUUGGUUAACCUCAAAGUUAAUCUUUUGCUUGUUGAUUAUCGAGGAUAUGGGAAAAGCGAAGGAGAAGCCAGUGAAGAAGGACUCUACUUAGACUCUGAAGCUGUGCUAGACUAUGUGAUGACUAGACCUGACCUUGACAAGACAAAAAUUUUCCUUUUUGGACGUUCCUUGGGAGGAGCAGUGGCUAUUCACUUGGCCUCUGAAAAUUCACACAGGAUUUCAGCCAUUAUGGUGGAGAAUACAUUUCUAAGCAUACCGCAUAUGGCCAGCACUUUAUUUUCCUUCUUUCCAAUGCGUUACCUUCCUUUAUGGUGCUACAAAAAUAAAUUCUUGUCCUACAGAAAAAUCUCUCAGUGCAGAAUGCCUUCUCUUUUCAUCUCUGGACUCUCUGACCAGUUAAUUCCACCAGUGAUGAUGAAGCAACUCUAUGAGCUCUCCCCUUCUCGGACUAAGAGAUUAGCCAUCUUCCCUGACGGGACUCAUAAUGACACGUGGCAAUGCCAGGGCUACUUCCCCGCCCUUGAGCAGUUCAUCAGAGAAGUCCUCAAAAGUCAUUCUCCGGAAGAAAUGGCAAAAACUUCCUCUAACGUAACAAUCAUCUAAUGUUCCUUUUGACUCAUGCACUGUAUUUUAAUUUGUGCAGAAUGAUAAAGAAUGUUCCUUUCUA